AUGACUCGCGACCUUCGUUGGCCAAUUCCUACCUGCCCUCAGGGACUCACCAGCAAAACCUUCAAGCCACCUCCUAUGGCCCCUUACAUGAACCUUCCAAACAUAUUUGACUGGCAUUUGCAGAAUAGUCCUCAACAUCCAUUCUAUGUCUACAGCAAAGGUGCUAACUCCAAGGAUAACAGUAUCACCACUGUUACAUGGGGGGAAGCUGUUAAAAUCAUUUAUCGUAUAGCGGGCAUAGUGUCCACUGCUGUAGGCCCAGAAAAGGAAAAUGCCCCUAAGCCACUUGUUGGAAUGUACUGCUCACUUGAGAGUUUGACAUAUAUGCUUACUGCGAUGGGCGUUAUUUGCGCCGGCUACACUGUAAUUCUGCUCUCGGAUAAAGCAUCCCCUGCUACACUCGAGCACCUCAUCGUUGAGAGCGGCGUAGCUCACAUUCUCACGAAUGCAGACGACGAAAUUUUGGCUUCUCGACUAUCCAAUGUCCGGGAAAAACUCAAGCACGGUGUUACCGUUUCCACCAUCCCAUCUUGGUCUGAAAUCUCCGGAGAGGGCGAGACAUGUUCUACAGCACUACCAGAGCUGAAUCGAUGGACUCAUGGCAUGAUCUAUAAUCUCAUGUGGAGCCCUUGGUUUGGAGAUAGGGAAAUCUGUGGCGAGAUCAUGUCGACAUGCUCUAUUCCUAUGGGUGGAUUAUCGGUUUUAAUGCAAACAUUACUUGGAGCAUGCAGCGGACUUAUUACUGCAGGAUUUCCACCAUUAAACCGUAAACCAGAACCUACUUUAGAGAAUGUUUGGAAUACGCUGAUAGUCACUGGAUCCACAUUCGGAUACCUUCCCCUCCCAUACCUAGCGGUCUGGUCAGAGCAAGACGACAAGGUUCAAAGGUUAUCCGAACUCAAAGGCGUUUUGUUUGCUGGUGCUCCACUGUCUAAAGAGGUUGGAGACAAACUGGCCGCGAAAGGAGUGAAUCUUAUCUCUUUCUACGGCUCUUCCGAGGCCGGGCAAAUUGUCAGGGCCUUUAGACACAAACACGCCGGAAUGAACUGGGAAUGGUUCGAAUUCAAUCCUCUUAUUAAUCCUUCACUUCGCAACGUUUCCGAAGACGGCGUCGGAGAGUUGGUACUAAAGUUUGGCCCGACACACAGAGCUACCAGAUCGAAUUGCACUGUGGAUGAUCUACCUGCAUAUGCUACAGGUGACAUUUUGGAGCCCCACCCGACGAUUCCACGCCUUUGGAGAUACGUUUCACGCGUAUCGGAUCAAGAGACCAUAGGUGCCAAUGGACCGAAGGUCAAUGUCGUGGCUAUGGGUAAGAAGUUUUUUUAA